AGUGUUUCAGUUCUUGCAAGUGUAUUUUGUACACUGAGGCAGAAGUAAGGAGGUGGGCGCUCGGGCGCAGUCCUCCCGCUGUUUCGCUCUGCGCCAGUGAUCGCAGCCGCCGGGCACGGCGUGCCGGGCAUUCCUUGGUCAUCGUCCCAGCCUGCGAGCUUGACACCACGUUACCCAGCAGAGGCAAUCGUGUCAGAACAUAAAGGCUGCGGCUGUUCGACUUUUCUGAUGUUGGAAAUGGCCGGUGGCUGAGAGCUAACUUUUCUGGCCGAUGACCUGAGACAACAGCCUUUCUCGCGGGAGGUCUAUUGGAAAAGCCAACACUUGCAUUAAUAUAACGUCAUCCCAAAGCACUUUGCACUGAAGUACCUUUGCAGUGAAGCUCACUUUGUUGAGCGAAAGCAUUACAACUUUGAAGGGAUGAACGCGGUUUGAUCGCAGUUUUUAUAGAUGACGGUCUGAUUAAAGAAACUUUUUUUGUUAUCAAGCCCUCAACACGCGGACACGAACAGCAAAUACAUUUUUUGAAACUAAUAUUAAGAUUCCGGAGUGGUCAUUAUGCAAUGUUGUCCCUCAGUCCAUCAUUUUUACAAAUCAAGUUUGAUGAUUUACAAUUUCAUGAAAAUUGUGGCGGAGGAAGCUUCGGUAGUGUUUACCGAGCAACAUGGUUGUCACAAGGCAAAGAGGUGGCUGUCAAGAAAUUGCUAAAAAUAGAAAAAGAGGCAGAAAUUCUCAGUGUCCUCAGCCACAGAAAUAUUAUUCAGUUCUAUGGAGCUGUCUUAGAGUCACCCAACUACGCCAUAGUCACUGUCUGUGUAAUGAACUAUCUUCUGGGAAAGAGGACCUGCAGAAGCUUGAUUCUGUACACCUAGAAUAUGCUCCUGGGGGUUCAUUAUAUGAAUAUUUGUCCAGUGAUGAAAGUGAGGAAAUGGACAUGGAUCAGAUUAUGACUUGGGCAACUGAUAUUGCCAAAGGUAUGCAUUAUUUACAUAUGGACGCUCCAGUAAAAGUAAUCCAUCGGGACCUCAAAUCGCGAAAUGUGGUGCUUGCUGCAGACAAAAUUUUAAAGAUAUGUGAUUUUGGUGCCUCAAGAUUUCACUCCCAUACGACACACAUGAGCCUGGUGGGGACCUUUCCAUGGAUGGCCCCAGAAGUUAUACAGAGCCUACCUGUGGCUGAAACCUGUGAUACAUACUCCUAUGGUGUGGUUCUUUGGGAAAUGCUGACACGGGAGAUCCCAUUUAAAGGUCUUGAAGGCUUACAGGUGGCCUGGCUAGUGGUGGAAAAAAAUGAGAGGUUGACCAUUCCAAGGGGCUGUCCUGCCAGCUUUGCAGAAAUAUUGCAUCAGUGUUGGGAAACAGAUCCCAAAAAAAGGCCACAUUUUAAGCAGAUUUUGGGGUCUCUCGAGACUAUGUCACAUGACAGCAAACUUCCAGACCAGUGCAACUCCUUUUUGCAGAACAAGGCUCAGUGGAGAUGUGAAAUCGAGGCUACUUUGGAAAGACUAAAGAAACUUGAACGAGAUCUGAGCACAAAAGAACAAGAGCUGAAGGAACGAGAAAGACGCUUGAAAAUGUGGGAGCGAAACCUGCUGGAACAGUCCAGUGCUCCUCUGCUGCCAUCCUUGGAUAUAUAUUCCUGGACAGAGGAAGAUGUGUACUUUUGGAUACAACAAUUGCUCGAUAAAGGUGACACAGAUUGUGACAUGAAAGGCUAUGCUGAACUAUUCAGAAAUCACCACAUCACCGGCCGAAGAUUACUCUUGCUGACAGAACAAGAUAUGAAAGACAUAGGAAUACAAUCCAAAGGACAUAUCAUUCAUUUAAAGACUGAAAUUGAAAAACUGACCCUUGACUACUUGAAUCUUUUUCACUUUCCUCCCUUAAUUAAGGGAGAUGAUUCCGAAGAAGAAGAUGUUGGAGAAAAGAUACUGAAUCUUGAUCUGCUUUUUGGUUAUCAUUUAAAGCCAGGAAAAGGAUGGCAGGAUUCUAAAUGGAAAAUGUAUGUAGAAGUGGAUGGUGAUGAUGUUGCAUUGACCUAUAUCAAGGACGUAACUUUCAACACUAAUAGACAAGACACAGAUGUAAUUAAAAUAACCAAGCCUCCCUAUCUAAUGGAGAAGUGGAUUGUGGGAAUAAGUGAGAACCAGACUGUGGAAUGUAUUGUUACCUAUGAGACUGAGGUCAGAACUCCCAAAACAACCAAGCACAACCACAUUAUUGCACUGGAUACUUUGAUUACCGAAGUUAAGGAGGUGGUGCUAGUUAUCCAGACUGUCUCAACCAAUACAGAAAGCAAGUUUCAGAGCAAGUGCCAGUCAAAUAUUCGUCAACAGUGGUUCAAUGAUUUAAAGUUGAAGAAAAUAUCUACAAGUGACUCUCCACAAUAUUCUGCAGUUUUACCUCCCAACCAUGGCAAUUCCAGUUCCAUUACAUUACCUCAAUAUUUUUUAUUUGCUAAACAAGAUUCUUACGCUGCAGCUGUAAGAAGAGUACAGAGCCCCAGCAGAUAUCAUGUCACUGCUACUAUAGCUCAAUCCAAACGAAGCUCUAGCCCAAUAUCAACAACACCAGGGUUAAGCAGUCGCCUUUCUGCUGUACAUCUGAGCUCUGUGGGAAGCAGUGUAUCCAGUACAACCUCAAGCAUCAAUUUGGAAAGAGACCAGAUUGGUGGUAGACAAAGCAGUGGCUAUCAGAGCAAUGAUUCCAAUGGCUCCUUAUUUAAUAAAAUGACCAGUUCAGAUGGAUUAAAUAACAAUAAUAGAAAAGGGGUUCGUCCCGUGUUCACAUUUGGUAGUGGAACUCAGAACAAGGAAAAGGGACGUGGUAGGGAAAGAAGCAAAAGCUCAUCUCAUGGACAUAACUCUGGGUAUCAGUCAUCAGAAAAGAGAUUUAGUCAGGCAAUUCGUUCUCACCAUGCCAAGUCAUGGGGCCCUGACAGAGGUUCGCAAAAGCAAAUACAACAACUAGAUGUGGAUAAGAGUACAAUCCCAGAGAUAUCAGCUUUUAAUUCCAAGAGCCCAAGAGAAUCAAGUGAGGAUAGGCAAUGCAAACCUAAUGAAGGUGAGUGGAUUAAAGUUGAACGCCACAGAAAACCCAUAAAAAGUGGCUGUUUUAAAGUAUCUAGAGGAAGAGGACGAGGAACAGUUCGCAACUAACUGGACUGAAGAAAUACCAGAAAGAUCAUUUCUGUAAAUUUCAACAAAAAAAAAUAUUUCUAUUUCAGAUUUUUUGUGUGACUUCAAGCCGAUUGGUAUGUCUACUACUGAAGAGUACAGAAGAUUUCAAUAGCAGACAAACCUUUCACUGUACUAAUUUAUAUUGUGUCUAAAUUCAGUGUUAACUAAAUGAAGUCAGUAAAUUUAUGGGAUUCUAUAUCCAUGUGGCUUUAUCUCUAUCCUGACUAGGUUUCAAUGGAAAAUUAAUCCAUUGAUGAUUUAAGUGAGUAUAUCUGAGGCAGUGAGGGUAAGGACAAUCUGUGUGUUUAAUUGAUUGUGCACUGCAAAGAUGACAAUGAUAUGCCACAGAUGCUGCUUGACCCGCUGAGUUUGUCCAGCAGUUUGUUUUUUGCUGAUGGUGGAUAUGUGUGGAUUGAAUAUUGUGUUCAGAGAGGUGUACAUGGGACCAUCCCGUAUAUAUAGUUAGAAGCACUGCCCCAAUUAUGUGAAUCAGGAUGGAUCUGAGUAUACCAGCCUUGACUCUUCUUCUUCUUCUUGACUUCUCUGAUAGCUCUAAGUAAAUAAAGAAACCAAUGCUUUUAUCUGCAAGUCAUUGCCAAAUUACAAAAAAUGAAAGUAUACCAGGAAAAUUGUAUAGUUAGAAUUUCUUAUCAACAUAAAACUUGUAUACUUUUUAUGUAAUUUGGCAGAGAACCCAAAUUAAUAGUGAAAUUAGGUCCUGGAUAUUCCUAAAAGCAUGCAUUACAGGUUAGAUCUCUUCAAAGCUGUAAUGCAAGAAUAUUCCUUUGGCACUAAACCAAGUUCUUGGCAAUUUCCAAACAUUUGUACAAAUAGGGACUCCAAGUGCCAUAAAGCAAUUGGAAACUAUUGACUGGCAGUCAACCUCCAUUUUCGUAGGCAGUACAAGAACUGAGAUGUGUUGGAAGUGUGGAUACCACUCUAUUUCCUACCACUGUUUGACUUCUACAGGAUUAAGGGGAUCAUUAUGCUCCAUUUGCACCCCUCAGGGUUUUUGAAACAUAUAGAUGGGUUUAUAACCUUUUGCAUCUCUUUCUAAAUGUUGUUCCCUGAGUACCCUCCUCUACCCUCCCAACACCAGCACCCCCCCCCCCCCCAAACUGUUCCACAAUCCGAAUGCAAUACAAUCACAAUAAUAUGCAUUCAUUGGCUGGCUUCUCCUGUAAUUUGCUUUUGGAGAGUUAUUUAGUCAAUUUCUGACAAUAUUCAGUAAGAAAAAUUGCUGGAAAUGAAUGAAACGACAGUUGUUACUUCAAAAGAGUAUUACAGUUUACAAUGUACUUCAUGAGUGAAGAUGGUAAGAAAAUAUUUACAUGGCAACAGAAUCCAUACGAAUCUGAAAUGAUUUUAUAUAUAAUACAUUACACAGGAAUAACAAAGAUCACACAUAGAUAUUCAAUGAUGAUAAUAUUUUUAUAGAUUGAGGGUCAAUUCACUUCUUAUUUUGUUGUGAAAGAAAUUCACCCACAAAGUUGCAAUGUAGUCUUCUUGCUUUUAACAUUCAGCAGAUAACUCAUUAAUCUGAGAUACUGAUGAAAGGUCACUGACCUGAAAUGUUCACUUUUACUCUUUCCACAGAUAUUGCCUGGCUUGCUAAGUAUCUCCAAAAUUUUCUGUUUUUGUUACAUAAAGCUGAGAUCCUGCCUGCUUCAAAUGAAUUUAAAUGAUUCCAUAGCCGUAAUUAGAGAAAAGCAGGGAAUACCUAUAAUGUUCCGACCAACAUCCAUCUCUCAGCUCCUGGAUAUGGUAAUGUGAUGGCUACCUUACUGGACUAGCAAUCUAAGUAUCUGGAGUAAUGUUUUGACAAUGCAAGUCUAAUCUCACCAUGGGAGAUGGGGUACUUAAAUUCAGUUCAGAUUUCAAUAAAUUUUAUUGUAAAGCUGGCAUCAGUAGCAAGAGCAUGAAACUGUCAGAUGGUCAUAAACCACCUCUGACUCACCAGUAUCCUUCAGGGAAGGAUACUAGUGAGUCCUGUGGCAUUUGCCUGCUUCAGCCAUCGUGUGACUUUGGACAGAACAAUGUGACUGACUUAACUGCCCUCCAAAAUGAUUUAGCAAGCCACUCAAUGCAUGAGCAAUUGGGAGAAGGCAAAUGUCGUGUAUGAAUUAGGGAAAAAACUAAUGCCAUUAAAAUAUUUAACUGGUUACUUACCUUAGCGAACAUCAUUUGCCUGUAAGGCAUUGUUGUAUACAGUUUGGCUACCAUGCUUGCCUAUGCAACAAUGAAAGCACAGUGAAAAGACUUAACUGAAUAUGAAACACUUUGAACAUGAAAAAUACCAUAAAAUUUAUUGUUUUUUAUUCCUUAUUAAAAUAUUGUAUAACUAGUCUCUGGAUAGGAAGCUGUGACAUUUUCACCAUGUCACCCAGACUGUAUCCUUGAAUGUACUAACAUUAGACAGAUGAACCUUGAGAGUUCUGAUUGGCCUGCUGUUUGUUAAGUGUUCUAUCUCAGUGUGAAGGGGAGGAAGAACUGACAUUAUGUAAUUUACAUCUCUUGGAUCGUGCAACUACAAUUCAAAUGGAUUGGCAAUUAUGUCAAUUGUGUAUUUAGGUCCGGCCUAUCUCAAGCUUCCCAACAAAGAAUAGAUGUCUCAGUUGCAGUAAUUAGCAGGCAUUUCCUGUGCUGCUGACUGUAUGUUUUUGAAUAAAUUCUUAAUGCCAAUACUUUAGGCAUAAUAUGUAGAAAUAUAUGUGAGAGAUAUGGAUAAUUUCUAUGCCAUGCGUCAUUUCAAAUAUAUUUAUGAGGACCAAUAAAUGGCCUUUUUAAGGGUAAUUAAUUAAUUAAGUAAUUGUACAUACAUAGUAUGAAAUAUUGUAUGGAUUUUGCAGGUUUCAGUUAACUCUUUAAGGUAUAUCAUUAUUGUGGUGUAUGGGCCAAGAAACUAUUAGGGCACAGGGGCCAAGAAACUAAUAGGGCACCGGCUAGUGGAAUGGGCAGAUUUAUGACAGAUGAAAUUCAUUGCAGCAAAGUGUAGUUCUUUGUUUUUUAAUAAGGGUUGAUACACUUUGGAAGGAAAAAGAGGAGAGACAAUAGGUGCAAGAACAAGGAAAAGCUUUGAAGAUAAACAUCAGAUUAAUGAAGCAUUUGAGACUGUGGAUUUUAGAGAGUAGUAUCAUGGAACUAGAAAUUGUAAUAGUCGCACAAAUGCAUUGUGCCAGUUAUUCCGGGGCCAUGGAUGAGGGAAUUUCUAACUCUCACAAUAUGGAAUAUGUCAUGCCUGUUUCCUGUACCUUCGGCAUGGUUCUGUACUAUAGGAGCAUGAUGCUUAAGGAGUUGCACAAGAGAUGGCAACUUAUCUGUGGAAUCUCCUUGAAGAAGUAGUCUGUAACAGGAACUGCUUCAAGAAGUAAUGGAGCUACAUCUGAUGAACUCUGACCGGAAAUGAUAGAACAAACUUCGAAGAAAGUGUCUCCAUUUUCACACAAGAUCAGAUUUCAUUGUGGUAGCAAGGUAGACAUCUGGGGCAAGGAUUGAAGUGACCAGAUCCACACACUACCCCCCCCUCCCCACCCCUGCAACCACCACCUACACUACCAGCCAUGAAGGUUUAGCCUGUUGUAUCAGAGAAGAAAUGGUCCAUGAUUGUCUUUCAUUGCACUCUCUGAAACCGGGUCAGUUAACUCUCCCUUUAACUUGCCUUUGGGCAGGCCUCCAUCCUACCAUGAAGGCCCCCUUUCUGGGAUGGGGCCCAUGCUAUUUCAUUUUGUCUAUGGAUUGCAUCAUUACUGCAGUGACAAUAAGUGUCCAUUAGAUGCAGAUUGACACUACUGUUGCAUGUACAGUAGCCUCCACGCAUAGACACCUCAAAUAUAAGUCAGCAAUUCAAUAUUGCAUUAUGCAAAUAUGGAUGUGCCGAUUGUGUUUGGGGACCUUGCACUUCAAUUCAGUUGCAUAAUGCAUAAAAAUAAUAUACAAUGCAAAUGAGCUUCUCUGUCAAAGAGUACAAAAUCUAGGAAGUAUGCUAAACCUAGAUGAAAGACCACUUCAGCCCCAGCUAGGUUAUUGCUUCCAAUUUUAGCUGCCAUAUUUAAGGAAGAGUUUGGGGAGGCUACAGAAAAGAUUUAGUGGUAUGAUUCCCUGGAUUUAAAAAAAACCAUUGCAUGGAAAAACUGGGAUAUUUCUCUUUGAGCAGCAAUGAUUGUACAUGCCACAGAUAUGACCCACACUCUAUUCCUGCACUGAGGCAGUCACCCAAGACAUCUUCCAUUUCAACUGGGGAUCCAAAAUACAUGAUUUUCCUGUAAAAAAAAAUUAUUUACCUUUGUGUGUGACUGCAUAAACUCUAAAUAACUCAAAACACCAAAUGCUGAAUGUCCUUAAAGCCCUGCAGAAGGUGAUGGUGGAUCCUGUUGGAUGGUUUCUUCAUCAUUUUGCUAAAGUGAUAUGGCAGAAUGCCUCAUUGCCAAAACUCUUAAAUAAGGACCAAGAACUUGCCUGGUUGGAGAGGAGAAGGCUGUUCCUGUCAGAUCUUUCAUGCAAAGUUAGAAUCUCAAUCCUGCUGCAUGCUACACUCAAGGUGGCUGCAGUCAGGAUGAGACUACCAUCUAUCUCCUGGAUUGUAUCUUUGCUAAGAAGGUCUGGAAAAGAAUGCAGUAGUCUUUGUUGACGUUCCUCCUGAGCAGCUGUGCAACACAGGAUCCUGUGCUCUAGGGCUGUUCCCAGAGACACAAUAUCGAUCUCUGCUGCAAGACCAUCUCCUCAGAGAAGUUGCACUUUGUUCACCACAAAAUUUGUUUUCCAGUGCAGGGAGUUAUCCACAACAACAUUCCAAAGUGCAGGACGGACUGAAGACAGUUUUCUGAGGGACAGACUGAAGUUUGGUACAAUCACUGCAGUGAUGCUAUGGGGAAAGGCCACAAUAUGGAGUCCUCCCAGCACCAAGACACUGAGAGACUGGGUCCUGUGUAGUAACCUCUCAAGCAAACCUCUGCUGGAAUAUUUGGGACUAAAAAAAAAUUAUGUCAUGUUAAUGUAGUGUAAAAAUUGUAAAUGAAUGUCAUGACAUGUUUGAUA